AAAAGCUAAACCGAAUUGAACCGAAGUAUCUAAAUUAAAAUUUAAACCGAAUUUUUAUCAUUUUUAAAACUCAACCAAGAAGAAGAUGAAAAGGCACCGUCAUGCUGACAUAAGUUCCAGUCCCAAUCAACAAAACCGGACAUACGUUUUUGAUCAAGCUAGAGCAGAAUCAAUUGAUCAAGAACCAAACUAAACCAGCAGCAAAACAGGACGUACGUUUUUCAACCAUACAAUUCUCAAAUUGUCGUUUCUAUCUUGUCUUCUCUCACCACAAGAAUGCAAAAACAUAAAUCCAUUUUUCUUGAUAACCUUCUUCUUCUUCUUUUUGUAUAUGUAUGAAGCAGCUUUUUGUGAAUGAAUCUUCGAAAUAGGUUAAAGAAACAAAAAUGGAGACCAAAGAAUUCGACUCUUACAGUGAGCGCAAAGCUUUCGACGAGACGAAAACAGGUGUGAAAGGUCUCAUUGAUGCUCACAUCACUGAGAUUCCUCGAAUUUUCUGUCUCCCUCAAGGUUCCUUAUCCGACAAGAAACCUUUUGUUUCUACCACUGAUUUUGCGAUCCCUAUCAUCGACUUCGAAGGCCUCCACGUCUCCCGUGAAGAUAUCGUUGGGAAGAUCAAAGACGCUGCAUCGAAUUGGGGAUUCUUCCAGGUGAUCAAUCAUGGUGUUCCUUUAAACGUUCUUCAAGAGAUUCAAGAUGGAGUUCGUAGGUUUCAUGAGGAAGCUCCUGAGGUUAAGAAAACCUACUUCACUCGUGACGCCACUAAAAGAUUUGUCUACAAUAGUAAUUUCGAUCUCUAUAGUUCUUCUUCAUGUGUUAACUGGAGAGACUCUUUCGCUUGUUACAUGGCUCCUGAUCCUCCAAACCCUGAGGAUCUCCCUGUGGCUUGCAGGGUUGCUAUGUUCGAAUACUCAAAGCAUAUGAUGAGAUUAGGUGAUUUGCUCUUUGAGCUUCUCUCAGAAGCUCUUGGUUUGAGAUCUGAUAAGCUUAAAAGCAUGGAUUGCAUGAAGGGUUUGCUUUUGCUCUGCCAUUAUUAUCCUCCAUGUCCACAACCUGAUCUAACCAUCGGCACAAAUAAUCAUUCAGACAACUCCUUCCUCACCAUUCUUCUCCAGGACCAAAUCGGUGGUCUUCAAAUCUUUCAUCAAGACUGUUGGGUCGAUGUCUCUCCUAUUCCAGGGGCUCUAGUCAUCAACAUGGGAGAUUUCUUGCAGCUAAUAACGAAUGACAAAGUCAUAAGUGUGGAGCACAGGGUGCUAGCGAACAGGGCAGCUACACCGAGGAUAUCAGUAGCUAGCUUUUUCAGCACAAGUAUGCGUCCGAAUUCAACUGUUUAUGGACCAAUCAAAGAGCUUCUCUCUGAAGAAAACCCUUCAAAAUACAGAGUCAUCGACUUGAAAGAAUACACAGAGGGAUACUUCAAGAAAGGCCUCGAUGGAACAUCGUAUCUGUCGCAUUACAAGAUAUGAAAGAAAAAAACAAUUGAAAGAGUAAAUCAUCUCAAGUUUAUUGUAAGAUAUUGGUUCGUUUCAUGCAUCUAUUGGGUUCAGGUACUAGUCCAAUUGUCAGAUCUUGACAAAUAAGUAAACCAUUUCCUUUGUACCAAAAACAAAAACAACAAAGAAAGGUGUGUGUGUGUGUGUGUGUAUAAUUUUAGUGAAUGCUUUAAAUUGGGAAUAAAGGUUCAAACUUGAUCAGCAUCUUGUCAAUCACAGUUUCUUGACUAAAUUGAAACUAGCAAUACCAAAAGAAAGAAUUAUAUACAAGCUAAAGUAUAAUCAGUAACCAAACUAAACCAGUAGCAAAUGUUAUUGAACCAAACAAAACCGAUCAAAGAUUGCUUGUUGUAGCCAACCAAGGCAAACCUGCAACCAUUCGGUACUUAGCUCGCAGAAAACUGAUCAAUACUAUCUUCACGGUCUGAGGAUCCACGCCGGUUUGAUUGCAGAAACCGAUUUUAGGAUUUACUAAUUCCUACGCCGGAAAGUCGUCAUGCUCAGUUCCUCCUCUGUCCGAUUUGAUACGGACCUUAAAGGCGAGUCUGCGGCGACAAAGAUUUAUUUGGG